CGCAAGGGUAUAGAAGUAUAAGCACUAACGAAGAUGUAGGGGUGGAUGAUGAUCAGACAGUUAAUGAAAACGACUCGAUUGAUACUCCGGGUGUUGAGACACCACAUAUUCGAAAACCUAUCUCAAUGGCUGAUGAUCCCAAAUAUGCACCACCUCAGAACAUUGGCGAUUUUUUAGCUAGAUCUAAGAAAUUAAUACCAUUCCUUUGGCCAGCAAAUGAUAUGAAACUGCAAGUCCUAAUCGUUAUUUGCAUACUACUUUUGGUUGUGGGCCGCAUUGUCAAUGCACUACUUCCCUAUCAAAAUAAAGUACUUGUAGAUCGAUUGACGGCUGGUGAAACAAUAUGGAAAGAGAUAUUGGUUUUCGUAGGUUUAAGGUUUUUGCAGGGUGAUGUGGGAGUAGUAAAAACGAUCCAAAGUCUCUUAUGGAUUCCUGUUGGGCAGUUUACAACAAGAGAGAUUUCUGUAAAAAUGUUUGAACAUUUGUUAAGUCUAUCAUUACGAUUUCAUCAUAACCGUAAAACUGGUGAAAUAUUGCGUGUCCAAG